AAUUUCAUGGCUGUGAAAAAACGAGCUGCUUCACAGACAGAAUGGCUUGAACACUGCAGCUCCAAGUGCAGACUGAGAGCAGAGGUGACAGCUAGGGGGGUGGAUUGUUAGAGACUCAAUGUGAUAAAGCAAACGUAGUCAAAUGUGAACUGUAAAAUCUGGGUGCUGGAUACAAGCUGCAUACAGCCUCUCCCAGAGAAAGUGCCUUGCAGGAACAGGGCUGCUCGUUCCUAAAACCCACCCCCACCCCUGAGCUGGCUCCAGCAGAAAGUCUGGACCCAGGAAGAGAUACCACAUAAACUGAGGUGCAAUGCCCUGGUUAGGGAGUCCAGCAGAGGUUGUCAUCCCAGCCCAGUGCCACGCGGUUGGACGCUGAGGCUCAGGGUGGAAGUGACAUUCCCAGGGUCACACAGACCGUAUCAGGGAGAGCGUAGGCCCUUGGGCGUCUCAUCUCGUGCCUUAUCCACUCAGCUCCUCCUCUUCUGGCUCGUGACCCUACCGUCACCCUGGACUCAUCUUGCCAUGAGCCAGGGCCACCAGGGACCCUCAAAAGUUGCUUCACCCUGAUCCCCAAAAUACAUUUUCCUCCCACCUGUCCCAAGUGCCUGGCAUCAUUGCUAUUAUGGGACAACUACUCACGUUUAUCAUCAAAACCCAGGAGUAGGAAGUGGGCAUUUUAUUACCUGGCACAGAGCAGAGCUGUGGAAAUUGAACUCAGGAAGAUCAAGAUGUGAAUGAACGCGGUGGGGGUGUGAGGGCAGAGAUCUUUGAUUGGCUGGGGUACACCUCAGACAAGUCCCACACUGAGCCCCAGUUUCCUCAUCUACGGAAUGGGCGUCCCAUCUGCCACUACACAGUUGUUGUGACAAUGAGAUGAACUUGCACACGUGAACACGGUUUAUAAGCUCUGUAAGAAGAGGUCGCUGUCAUUAAGCAUUGCUGGGACCCGUGUGGAAAGCCAAGCCCACCUGCAUCUCAGCCGAGCCCCCACGGAGUCGACACCCAGCUCUGAGGGGCGCUGGCCCAGGACCCGCAGUCACGCAAACUCCAAAGGGCAGAAGCAGUUGGUUUGCCAGCCCAGUCUGACUCCUCAAGAUUGUGAAUAGCUCCAUCCAGCCUGGGGAGCGAGCUGGACGGCUGAGCCGGCCUGUGCCCGGAGCGCCCAACAGGCCCAUGCUGCGGCCGGAGCCCUCCCCCGGGCUGGGGGGCCCCCUGCCUGUGCUCCUGGCUCUCCUUGGCAUCGCCUGGGCAGAGGUGUGGAUGCCCCAGCUGCGGGAGCAGGCUCCCGUGCCCGGAGCCUUGAGCAGGAAGGAGAGUUUCUUGCUCCUCUCCCUGCACAACCGCCUGCGCAGCCGGGUCCACCCCCCUGCGGCCAACAUGCGGAGAAUGGAUUGGAGUGACAGCUUGGCCAGACUGGCUCAAGCCAGGGCAGCCCUCUGUGGCACCCUGGCCCCGGGCCUGGCGUCUGCCCCGCAGGUGGGCUGGAACGAGCAGCUGCAGCCGGCAGGCUUGGCGUCCUUUGUCGAAGUGGUCAGCCUGUGGUUCGCAGAGGGGCAGCGGUACAGCCACGCCACAGCCGAGUGUGCCCACAACGCCACCUGCGCCCACUACACUCAGCUCGUGUGGGCCACCUCGAGCCAGCUGGGCUGUGGGCGGCAUCUGUGCUCUGUGGGCCAGGCAGCCAUGGAAGCCUUUGUCUGUGCCUACUCCCCUGGAGGCAACUGGGAGGUCAACGGGAAGACAAUCGUCCCCUAUAAGAAGGGUGCCUGGUGUUCGCUCUGCACAGCCAGUGUCUCGGGCUGCUUCAAAGCCUGGGACCACGCAGGGGGGCUCUGUGAGGUCCCCAGGAACCCAUGUCGCAUGAGCUGCCGGAACCACGGACAUCUAAAUGUCAGCACCUGCCACUGCCACUGUCCCCCUGGCUACACGGGCAGAUACUGCCAAGGGGCAGGUCACCUCCCAAGCCCCAAUUUGCCUCUUUCUACAAUGGGGAUCAAACUGAAGACGCCAAGCAUGGCAGCAGCUGGAAGCCCUGAUGGGUUCUGUCUCUGUGGUUGGCAUUUCCGCAUGUUCGAGGCCUGUGGGGCAGCGUGGUGUCCAGGUGGCUGGGGGCUGAGCCCUCUGCCCUCCUGCCCCGUCCUGGCAGUGCGGUGCAGCGUGCGGUGCGUGCACGGCCGGUUCCGGGAGGAGGAGUGCUCCUGUGUCUGCGACGUGGGCUACGGGGGAGCCCAGUGUGCCACCAAGGUGCACUUUCCCUUCCACACCUGCGACCUGAGGAUCGAUGGGGACUGCUUCAUGGUGUCUUCAGAGGCAGACACCUACUACGGAGCCAAGCUGAAGUGCCAGAGAAAAGGUGGGGUGCUGGCCCAGAUCAAGAGCCAGAAAGUGCAGGACAUCCUCGCCUUCUACCUGGGCCGCCUGGAGACCACCAAUGAGGUGACCGACAGCGACUUCGAGACCAGGAACUUCUGGAUUGGGCUCACCUACAAGACCGCCAAGGACUCCUUCCGCUGGACCACUGGGGAGCACCAGGCCUUCACGAGUUUUGCUUUUGGGCAGCCUGACAACCAGGGGUUUGGCAACUGUGUGGAGCUGCAGGCAUCAGCCGCCUUCAACUGGAACGACCAGCGCUGCAAAACCCGGAACCGUUACAUCUGCCAGUUUGCUCAGGAGCACAUUUCGCGGUGGGACCCAGGGCCCUGAGGCCCGGCCAGGCAGCUCCCCUGCCAGCCCCUGGGUGCACCUGCUCCGCUUGCCCAUCUGCCCACCUGUUUGGAACAAGGGCCAGGCUGGGACUACGUGCCCAAUGUCCGGAGAGGUCUCAGACCUGCGUGAUGCAGGAAGUUGGGCAGAGGGUGGUGGGGAGGCCAGCGAGGGUUGGGGAGGGCAGAGCCCGGAGAGGCUCCCUAGAAGAGCUCGGAGCCCCUCAGCCUGCUUUCAAUCGGGAAGAUGGGCUUCAGUUAGGCACCGAAGCAGAAGCCAGAGCCAGUGGUCAGAAGAGACUGCUCUCCCUGUUCCUGGCCAGCUGCAGCCCACAAAGGAGUAAACUCAGUUAUGAAUCAGCUGGACUUGCAAAUGGAAUGCUUGUUUUGAAGGGGAAUUUAGAUGACUCAGGAUGAUCCUGGGAAGACCAAAGGGGACCUGAGGCUUCACUGCAGUAGCCCUUACCCACCUAGUCCCUUUCCUGGUCACACUCAUGAUCCAGGUGACCCUCUGGAUUUUUUCAGGCUCUCCAGUAAGGUGGAAGACCAGACUCUCUGCCUCAGUGAGAGGUCUUUCUUCCAUCAGUUUCCAUGGCUGGGCCCCAGGUGGGUGGUGUAGAAACUGCUCUGAAUGUCUGGGAAGUGGUGUGUGUGUGUGUCGUCUCCACUGGUGGGGUGCUCUGACAAAUCAGGGCUGGUGGCAGUCAGAAACUGCAGAGUCCCUCUCCCUUGCCCAUUCUCAAACACGGCUGAACUUACAUGUGUCAGACACGUAAUAAACACUUGACAUCUGUUAACUCA